AUGGUCGAGACAUUUAGCAAAGAUGAACUACAUUCUUGGAUCCAGCGUUCUAUCGAUACAGGAAACUUUACUUUUACCGUUGAAAAUACGACCCAAAAAGGAGAGGGUUACAUAGGAGAAUUGUUUUUUGUUAAAAUUGAUUUACUACAGCCAAUAAAUGGAAAAGAUGUUCUUUAUCUAGUCGUAAAAACGAACAAAAAGAAUCCUGGAUCAGAAAAAUCUAUUUCUAUAGUGCAGGAUCUUUGCAAGAGAGAAGUAUUUUUUUACAGCACUAUUCUUAAAGAAUACCAGGAUUUUCAGAAGAACAAAAAGCUUCCUGUUUUUUUCGACAUGGUACCCAAGUGUUAUAAAACGUUUUCAGAAAUCGAUAACGAAGUUGUAAUUUUAGAAAAUUUAAAGAAAAAAGGCUAUAUGCUACAUCCAAGAGAACAGCCCAUGAAUAUUGCACAUCUGGAAAUGGGCUUAAGAUCUUACGCAAAGUUGCAUGCCAUGUCUUUCGCUUUGAAAGAUCAGAAGAAUGAAAUUUUUGUAAAUAUAUCGAAGACCUGUACUUCGUUAUUAAACGAGAUGUUUUUAAACUUUAAAACAUUGUUUGACACAAAGACGCGUUUGUUAAUAGAAACUCUAAAAGAAGCUGGUAGACCUGAUUUGUCCAUUGUGUAUGAAAAGUAUAUAAACGAUAAAAGUAUUUUUGCCAGAUUUAUGGAAGUGAGUAAUGCUAUUUCCAAAGAUCAAGCACUAAUUCAUGCUGAUUGUCACAAUGGAAAUAUGAUGUUUCAAUAUAAGGGUGACGAUAAAACAGUUCCACUACGCAUGGCUUUGAUAGAUUUCCAAGCAGUAUGUCUUCAUUCACCAGUUAUCGAUAUUUCUAUUUUUCUAUACGUCAAUAUAUCACCAACUGAAGUUCUAAAACUCAAAGAAUUUGUAGAAUAUUACUAUACUGAGUUUUGCUCAUAUCUAAAACAAUUAGGUAGUGACGCUGACAAAGUAUUUCCGCGAAGAAUUUUCGAAGAACAUUUAAAAAUAUACAUGCCCUAUGGCAUAUUUGUGACUCUAGCCUUCUUAGAAAUGUUUUAUCUUGAUAAUGAUGAUACACCAGCUCUUUUUGAUGAAGAAAGUAACGAGUUCUUUGGAGGUUUUACUAAUGACCUGAAAAUCAAAUCACGGGAUAAAUAUUUGCAGCGUCUGGUAGCAUUAGUGGAAAGCUUUUUCAAUGGUCCAUUUGUGUCAAUUCAAAAUUGA